AUGUUGGUUCGCGGGCUCAAGCGACUUUUCCUCCCGGUAGCGUCCUUCUUGCUGCUCACCUUCGUGGUCGCCACCUAUUUUGGGAGCUCGAGAGGUGCCGGAUGGUCUCUCCGCGGCGGGCUGGGCUCGCUGCCGUUCGAUCGCGACUCUUCGAGCGGGAGAGACGUCUCGCAGACUCACCAUGAGGUCUUCUCGGUGUCGAGGGCGGACAAGAAAUUCUUCACGAUCAAGUUCGGGGAGCUGGAGGCGACAAAUCCCAGCAUCAUCCCUCAUCCAUCAUUGAACGACACAUGGAUCAUUACCGCACAGCAUAUGAGUCGCGGUGCCGUGAAGGACACCGUCUGGUUCGCUGAACUGGUGUGUAACGCGGCCUUCAACAAGAAUGGCCAGCUCGAGUGCCUCAGUCCGCCGAUGAAUAUGCCCAUCGCCGCGACUAUCGGAGAUCGCACGAAGUGUACGGGCGAGCUGGCCUUCUUCGCUCUCAAUAUCGGUCCUCACGAUGCCCGAGUGUUCUACGGGCCCAGGUUUCCGCUUACCAUCUACGGUUCGAACUCGAUGUUCACCUGCUUCGGACAGUGGGUGCUUGAUUUCAGGAUGCUGAUGGACUGGGGAUACGAGCAUUUCUUCCAGAACGAGUUCAGGACGCCGACGGAGAUUCAGCGGCCGUCGGCGUACGGCGCCAUCGAGAAGAACUGGUUCAUGUUCUGGGAUCUGAACGGCCAGAUGUACGCUCACUACGACGUUGCGCCCAAGCGUGUCUUCGCAAAGCUGGAGUACAAUGGCUCUGUCGGACAGGACCUGGCUCCCUUGGCUGCUGCUCAGGAUAGCAAAUGCAUGCAGAAAUAUAUGCCCUCUGUCGGCCCAAAGCUGGAAUCUAUCCACCAGGCUACAAACUCCCUGGCCGUCACGCUCUGUAACCGAUCGGACCCCAAGUGCAAACCUGACGAAAACAACACUUUCGUACUCACCAUCUUCCAACACAAGAGCUUUCACGCCUUCCACAGCGUGUACGAGCCGUACGCCAUGCUCUUCCGACAGAGCGCUCCCUUUGAGGUAUACGGCAUCUCAUCAAAACCGAUCUGGAUACACGGCCGUGGCAAGGAAGGCCAAGGUAAAAAGCCGCCUGGUCUUACCCCAGAGGAAGUGCAGACGUGGAACCAAACAGAGAUGUUCUACAUCACCUCCAUAAGCUGGAAAACCCAUGGCCAAAAGUAUCACGGCUACAGCGAUGACGUGUUAUUUAUUUCUUUCGGAAUCGAGGACGAGACCACGGCCGGGAUUGAUGUUCUAGCCAGUGAUCUCCUGCAGGGCUUGGGUCUCUGUUCUAUUGCAUGA